AGGCCUCGGCUAUAACAGACCAACAGUAUGGUUUUAUUUAUUUUAUUGAUUUAAGUAGUGUCAUGAUUGAAUUUGUUUUAUGUUUUACGAAGCGCAACUUGUCCUGCAACAAAAGCAAAAAUCCAUUUUCACGUUUCUCCACGUUUGCAGAUAUUCGUCGGCGGGCAGCGUCCUCGGCGGCUGCCCUGAACAUGUUCCGCUGCACGAGAUGCUCGCGCAAGUUCCGAGUUUACAACAGCCUCUAUCGUCACGUGCGCUACGAGUGCGGGAAAAAGCCGCGCUUCGGCUGCUGCUACUGCUCCUACGUUACCAAGCACACGAGCAGCGUCUACGUGCACGUCAAGCGCAUGCACACCGGCCAGCAGCUCGGCUACAGGGACGUGGCCGGCGACAAAAUCUUUCUCAAAUAAAUUGCCAGACAUUAUUUUGUAAUAUAAACAUACCGAGCCAAUUUUUCUGACUCUUGUAAAAAGUAUUAAUAAAUUUUCGACGAUUGUUUUUA